CCGACAUGUAAACUUGACCAACGUCAAGUCGCGCUGGGAUGUCGAGCACAAGGAGCACUGAGGUGCUGGAGACAGAGAUGACCAUGGCGCAGGACCCCGCGCCCCAAGAUGUGGAGGAAGGUCCAAAAGCCAGGAUGAUCCAUGAGGGACCGAUGCCGCGCCACAUCUGGGAAUCCCGAGGGCCCCCUCGCUGGCGCUUGUGCGGUAUGCACUUGGAGGAGGACGACUUUGAACUGGUGCAUCGGGCUGCUCGGAGGAUGGAAGGGCUGCGACUCUUUCUGCAGUUCAAUUUGGUCAUGGGCUUGACUUGCUUGGUCGUAGGCCUGUGUUUUGCAUCCUAUCUGCACGAGUCGUUCAUCCGAGUUCCGUUCCGCUGCUGGGAAGAUACGUUUGGACCUCUCAGCAGGAUCUGGGAAUUUGAACCACCCACCUUCGAGAGGUCGAGAUUUGAAGAGAAGGGAGUCGUGGCUGCACCAACUGGGGUCACAUCAACUUCAUGGAAAGGAAAUCUUUGGCAUGUCUUCAUGUUCUCCUCGGAGAACUGGAUUGGAAAGUCGCAGGAUUUGGGGUUUCUGGCCUGGAACUGGACGGUGACCAGUCUCUGGAAAGGCCCCUGGUAUUUGCGCCCAGUGGCUCUCAGCAUCCUCUGCUUGGGCUCUCUGCCCUUUUGUUUUGUGCGCGCAGGGCCCUGGGAGAUGCGAUGGUGCUGUGAAAAGUACCUCAUGCACAUGCCAGAGGGAUUUUUGAUUUUGCAUCAGCUGAAAGUGGCCCACGAGAUCUUUGGGCGCAAGCUGAGCCCGGCGGCCGUGGCGGAGAUGGAGGCCUUCAUGGAAUGGAAAAAUGCCAACCUCUGACGUGAACAUUCGGAAGAUGCGAGGUUUGGAGAAGGCGUCACUACCUGGACGUUCCAAUUUACCCAUGCAAAUGAUGAC